AUGAAGGACACGCGCGAGCUCUUCACGUGGACAGCUGAGCAGAAGUUGUAUGCGAUCAGGCUGUGGGACGCGCUAGAUGGCGACGACAGAGGCGCUCAGACGGAGGCGCUUCUUGCAGUCAGGCGACCAGCUCAAAUCACUGUUCUGCUGGACUUGCUGAGUUUGUUCAUACUUACGAGCUAUGGCAAUGAGGUGUUGUUAGCUGGAUUGGUGCAGUUUCUUGCUGUGCUAGGCAUAGACACCAAGACAAAACGCUUGCGCACUGCAAAGAACUACUUGUAUAUGCUAGCAGGGAUGGUGUAUUGCAUCUGGGUGGUUGGAGUUGAGAAGCUUCUUCCCGCAGCAGGGCGCGAUGAGCAGAUAGAAGAAGCGCGGGACAGGUUCUUGGAAAUGCGCAAGAAGUAUCUGGCCAACGGCUCGUAUAGUCCGACGAGUGAGAUGAUCAGUCUUCUAGCAUAUAGCAAACACGCUGCGCUGAACAAAGGCAAUGCUGGCAACGCGUACUGGUCACUGGACAAGAAGAUCUUCUAUCUCAACGGGCGGCCUAUCCAAUAUGAGGUGACGAGAGAGGCCCUAUCCAAUAUGAGGUGA